CUCUCUACACUACACUAAACUGAAUUUCUGAAUUUCUUCAGUGGCUUUGCUUCUUUGAACCGUAUAAAUGCUUACAGACCCUCGUUGAGUUCGCCAUCCACACCAUAUCGAGUGACCACUGAUCACUUCUUCUUCUUGAGAGAGAGAGAGAUAGAGAGAGAGACUGAUUCUCUACUGAUUCCUCAGAAAUGGCAAUGAAGAGAGCUGCUACGUCUGUAAUUAGAACCGUUUGUGGUCCCGUUGUUGCAGAUCCGUUACCUAUUUCCCGAUCACUCCAUGCAUCUCCUGGUAGCAAGAAGAUAGUUGGGGUGUUUUACAAGGCUAACGAGUACGCCUCAAUGAAUCCCAACUUUGUGGGUUGUGUGGAGAAUGCCUUGGGCAUACGAGAGUGGCUGGAAUCAAAAGGCCAUCAGUAUAUAGUUACUGACGACAAAGAAGGCCCUGAUUGCGAACUUGAAAAACAUAUUCCUGAUCUCCAUGUUCUGAUAUCAACCCCUUUCCACCCGGCAUAUGUUACAGCAGAGAGGAUUAAGAAAGCCAAAAAUUUACAACUUCUUUUAACUGCCGGAGUUGGCUCUGAUCACAUUGACCUGCAAGCUGCAGCUGCUGCUGGACUAACAGUUGCUGAAGUCACUGGAAGUAAUGUUGUUUCAGUUGCGGAAGAUGAGCUUAUGAGAAUCCUCAUCCUCGUACGAAAUUUCUUACCUGGUUACCAUCAAGUAAUUAGUGGGGAUUGGAAUGUUGCUGGUAUUGCUCAUAGGGCAUAUGAUCUUGAGGGGAAGACAGUAGGAACUUUUGGUGCAGGACGCAUUGGUAAGCUUUUGCUCCAACGAUUGAAGCCCUUCAACUGUAAUCUCCUCUAUCAUGAUCGGCUCAAGAUGGACCCAGAGAUGGAGGCUCAGACAGGGGCAAAGUUUGAGGAGGAUCUUGAUGCAAUGCUUUCAAAGUGUGACAUAGUUGUUAUCAACACACCUCUUACGGAGAAAACAAGGCUACAGUGGUGAUGUAUGGUACCCACAACCAGCUCCCAAGGAUCAUCCAUGGCGGUACAUGCCAAACCAGGCAAUGACACCACAUAUUUCUGGCACCACAAUUGAUGCUCAGUUACGGUAUGCAGCUGGAACUAAGGACAUGCUGGAUAGGUACUUCAGGGGAGAAGACUUCCCUGCGCAAAAUUACAUCGUCAAGGAGGGUAUAGUGGCCAGCCAGUAUCUCUGA